CUCUCUCUCUCUCCUCUCCUCAGUCUCUCUCUCUGUCCGACCAAACACCUACUUCCCCCUACAGCAGAGAGAGACUUGCCCCUUCCCUCCUCUUCCCUCCUCAGUUCUCCUCACCUACUUCCAUUCCACCGUCGCCGGAAUCCAUCUCCGACCGCCCCGCUCCGAUCUUAUGGACUCCCAGUCCUCCUCGAACUCCAUCUCGGCGCUCGACCUCAUGUCCGCCCUUAUCAAGGGGAAGAUCGACCUCUCCAACUCCUCGUCCGAGUCCGCCAGCGAGCUCGCCUCCAUCAUCCUCGAGAACCGCGAGCUCGCCGCCAUCCUCGCCACCUCCAUCGCCGUCCUCAUCGGCUGCGUCGUCAUCCUCGUCUGGCGCCGAUCCGGCUCUCCCAAGUCCAAGGCCGUCCAGCCCCCCAAGCCUCUCAUCCUCAAGGAGCCCGAGCCCGAGGUCGACGAUGGCAAGAAGAAGGUCACCAUCCUCUUCGGCACCCAGACCGGUACUGCUGAAGGCUUUGCCAAGGCUCUAGCUGAGGAGGCGAAAGCGAGAUACGAGAAGGCAACGUUUAAAGUUGUCGAUAUGGACGACUAUGCCGGCGACGACGAAGAGUACGAGGAGAAAUUGAAGAAAGAGAACUUGGCCUUUUUCUUUUUGGCAACAUAUGGAGAUGGUGAACCGACAGAUAAUGCCGCGAGGUUCUAUAAAUGGUUUACCGAGGGGAAUGAGAGAGGGGAGUGGCUUCAAAAUUUGCAGUAUGGUGUGUUUGGCCUUGGCAACAGACAAUACGAGCAUUUUAACAAGGUGGCUAAGGUGGUAGAUGAUCUUCUUGCUGAGCAAGGUGGGAAGCGCCUAGUGCCGGUGGGUCUUGGAGAUGAUGAUCAGUGCAUUGAAGAUGACUUCACUGCCUGGCGAGAACUGCUUUGGCCAGAAUUAGACCAGCUGCUUCGGGAUGAGGAUGAUAUGACAACUGUGUCUACACCUUAUACUGCUGCUGUUCUGGAAUAUCGGGUCGUAUUCCAUGACCCUGCCGAUGCACCAAUUGAAGAGAAGCACCUCUCCAAUGGUCAUGCAGUUAUCGAUGCUCAACAUCCAUGCAGGUCUAAUGUUGCUGUAAGAAAAGAGCUCCAUACUCCUGCAUCUGAUCGUUCAUGCACCCAUUUGGAAUUUGACAUUUCUGGCACUGGACUUACAUAUGAGACUGGAGAUCAUGUCGGUGUGUACUGCGAGAACCUUAUUGAAACUGUGGAGGAAGCGUUGGGCUUGUUAGGUUUAUCACCAGAUACUUACUUCUCCGUCCAUACUGAUAAGGAGGAUGGAACACCACUUAGUGGAGGCUCCUUGCCGCCACCAUUCCCACCUUGUACUUUGAGAACAGCCUUGACUAAAUACGCUGAUCUUCUGAGUUCUCCCAAGAAGUCUGCUUUGCUUGCCUUGGCCGCUCAUGCCUCAGACCCUAUUGAAGCUGACAAACUAAGGCAUCUUGCAUCGCCUGCUGGAAAGGAUGAAUAUGCGCAAUGGGUCAUCGCAAGUCAGAGGAGCCUUCUCGAAGUGAUGGCUGAGUUUCCUUCCGCCAAGCCCCCACUCGGUGUCUUCUUUGCGGCAGUUGCUCCUCGUUUGCAACCCAGAUACUAUUCAAUCUCAUCUUCCCCCAAGAUGGCUCCAUCCACAAUCCAUGUGACUUGUGCACUGGUUUAUGAGAAAAUGCCAACAGGAAGGAUUCACAAAGGAGUCUGUUCAACCUGGAUCAAGAAUGCUGUUCCUUUGAGCAAGAGCCAGGAUUGCAGUUGGGCACCCAUUUUCGUGAGGCAAUCAAACUUCAAGCUUCCUGCAGAUACUACAGUUCCAAUCAUUAUGAUCGGCCCUGGCACUGGAUUGGCACCUUUUAGGGGUUUCCUACAGGAAAGGUUUGCUCUGAAAGAAGCUGGUGCAGAGUUGGGACCUUCCUUGCUGUUCUUUGGGUGCAGGAAUCGCAAAAUGGAUUUUAUCUAUGAAGACGAGUUGAACAACUUUGUCGAAGCCGGUGCUCUAUCUGAGCUAAUCGUCGCUUUUUCACGGGAGGGGCCAACGAAGGAAUACGUGCAACAUAAAAUGAUGGAAAAGGCCUCGGAGAUAUGGGACCUGAUAUCUCAGGGAGCCUACAUUUACGUCUGUGGUGAUGCUAAAGGAAUGGCCAGGGACGUCCACCGAACCCUUCACACAAUCGCGCAGGAACAGGGAUCUCUCGACAGCUCGAAGGCAGAGAGCCUGGUGAAGAAUUUGCAAAUGAGUGGGAGGUAUCUUCGCGAUGUGUGGUAACGAACCCUAAAAGAUUCAUGGGGCCUAUUGAAGGACAAGUAGAAGUUUCUGUAAAAUUGCUGAGGCAACGAGUAUCAGAUAAAUACCCGAAGGGAGAAGGAAGAAAUUUACGGGGAGGAUCGUUCUUGUAAUACCUCCCUUUAGCUCUACAGCCUGCAAAGAAGGAAGCAAGCCCGGCUGCAAGUGUGUGGUAUUAUAGUUAGCCUGAUUAUAUAAUUCAUUCUUCUUCUUUUUUUAUCCUUUUUUUUCUUCUCCUCUUGGUUUUUGGCUUUAUCUGCUGAACAUGGAAGAUAAAUUUUUUGGUUCUUGUAAUUUAUAUGUACUCACACUUCUAUAAUUAUAUCAAUAAUUGUGAUGUAGCCUAUGAUGGAAAGAGACUGGAAAUUUUCCCUUUGUAUGAUUGAAGCCUGAAAGAAAGGUCCAAAUGACAAUAUAAACAGGUUCUUCUUCAUCGUU